ACCAGCGAAUCAAAAGUGGAAAUUUUUGAAAGGCGCUACUGGUUGAAGGUAUGGCGUUGAUGUCCCACCCGAGUUCAUUGCACUGCGUUUGUACUGAAACAAUACAGCCAAAAGCUAGAUACAAUGGGGUUAAUAACAUUUCCAGCACCAUGGGGACAGCAAAAAGUAAGGAAAUUUGCUUUGGUUUCCGUCCCGCCUCUCAGAGUUUCUUAAAGGCAGCUCAAAGCUGGAGUAUGGAUGACACUGAAGUACAACGGAAGCGAGGGCAUUGGUUAACUGUUGCUGCAAGUCCUCCUACAGAAGAUGCUGUUAUUGCAACGGAGCCGCUCACAAAAGAAGAUCUUGUGGGUUACCUUGCUUCUGGUUGCAAGCCUAAGGCUAACUGGAGGAUAGGGACUGAACAUGAAAAAUUUGGGUUUGAAAUUGCAACACUACGACCCAUGAAUUAUGCACAGAUCGCGGAGCUGCUUAAUGGUAUUUCUGAGAGAUUUGAUUGGGAUAAAAUAAUGGAAGGUGACAACAUCAUUGGACUCAAACAGGGAAAACAAAGCAUAUCGUUGGAGCCUGGUGGCCAGUUUGAGCUUAGCGGUGCACCACUUGAAACUUUGCAUCAAACUUGUGCUGAAGUCAAUUCACAUCUUUACCAGGUCAAGGCUGUCGCGGAGGAGAUGGGGAUAGGAUUUUUAGGAAUUGGCUUCCAACCAAAAUGGAAACGUGAAGAUAUACCAGUGAUGCCCAAGGGAAGAUAUGAGAUUAUGAGAAAUUACAUGCCGAAAGUUGGGACACUUGGACUUGAUAUGAUGUUCCGAACAUGCACUGUACAGGUGAAUCUGGAUUUUCAUUCCGAAUCUGAUAUGAUAAGGAAGUUCCGUGCUGGUCUUGCUCUACAACCUAUAGCUACAGCGCUGUUUGCAAAUUCACCAUUCACUGAAGGAAAACCAAAUGGUUAUCUUAGCAUGAGAAGCCAAAUUUGGACCGAUACUGAUAAUAAUCGCACUGGGAUGCUGCCAUUUGUUUUUGAUGAUUCAUUUGGGUUUGAACAGUAUGUAGAUUAUGCCCUCGAUGUUCCAAUGUACUUUGUAUAUCGGAAGAAAAAGUAUAUCGAUUGUACUGGGAUGUCUUUCCGGGAUUUCAUGGCUGGAAAACUUCCUUGCCUUCCUGGUGAAUAUCCAACUCUCAAUGACUGGGAGAAUCAUUUGACAACAAUAUUUCCAGAGGUAAGGCUUAAAAGAUACUUGGAGAUGAGAGGUGCAGAUGGAGGACCUUGGAGGAGGCUAUGUGCUCUGCCUGCAUUCUGGGUUGGUCUCUUGUAUGACGAGGUCUCUCUACAAAGUGUUCUAGAUAUGGUAGCAGAUUGGACUCCAGAAGAAAGACAAAUGCUAAGGAAUAAGGUACCGAAGAGUGGCCUGAAGACACCGUUUCGUGAUGGACUGCUGAAGCAUGUUGCACAAGAAGUUCUCAAGUUGGCAAAGGAUGGCUUAGAAAGAAGAGGCUUCAAGGAGACUGGAUUUCUAAAUGAAGUAACAGAGGUCGUUAAUACCGGUGUAACGCCAGCUGAAAAGCUCCUGGAGUUGUACUAUGGCAAAUGGGGACAAAGCGUAGAUCCCGUUUUCGAGGAGCUGCUCUACUGAGGAGGUCGUUUCAGAAUCCUAUGUUCUUUGAGGUGAUCAAGAAGCUCGUUUGGGUGAUUGGGCGAUCUCAUGUGCACUUAAGUAUAUUCGCGCCGGGGUGUAAUAAUCAGUUGGAUUUUGGUUAAAAUUGUUUUCUGACAAUAACCUGGUAAAAUUGUCGACGAUUCUGCUAGGAUUUACAUAUACCCUGUUGCGCUACACAGGCAGGUCUUUAAACCUUUUAUAGUUGUCAGAAUUCCAUGAAAGUGAGGGAUUCUGAGUAGUGGUAAGAAUGUAUUGGUAUAGGUGGAGCUGAAGACUAGAACGUCUGGCUUUGAGGUCGAUAAACCUAGUACUUUCGACAUGGUUGAUAGUAUAUUCCGGGUAGGGCGAUACCCGCUCGUUGACAAGCAUACCUCCUCCAUUUUUCACAUGUAUUUCUGCUUUAACUUGCA